AUGCACUUCCCCUUCCUCGAGUCCCUCGUCGUCGGCGACGUCGCCACGCUCAAGGACGGCACCGGCUCCCUCACUGUCUUCACCAACGACAAGGGCGGCGCCAUCGACGACUCCGUUAUCACCAAGGUCAACGAACAUCACGUCUACCUCGUCGUCAACGCCGGCAGCCAGGACAAGGACCUCGCCCACAUCGGCACGCACAUGGAGGCGUUCCAGAAGAAGGGCGGCGACGUCAAGUGGCACGUCCACGAUGAGCAACAACUUAUAGCUGCUCAGGGUCCUCUUGCCGCACCAACUCUCCAGUUGCUGACAAAGGAAGAUUUGAGCAAAAUGUACUUCAGUGACUUCAAGAUGAUUGACAUCAAUGGAUCUCUUUGCUUCCUCACCAGAACUGGUUACAACGGCGAAGAUGGAUUUGAAAUCUCUGUUCCAUCAGAGAACGCGGUCGCUCUCGCGAAGGCCCUCCUUGAGAAAUCAGAAGGUAAGGUGAGGCUGACCGGCCUGGGCGCCCGAGACAGUCUCCGGCUGGAGGCCGGCCUCUGCCUGUACGGCAACGGCAUGGAGCAGCACAUCACGCCGGUGGAGGCCGGCCUCUCGUGGGCGAUCGGCAAGCGGAGGAGGGCCGAGGGCGGCUUCCUGGGCGCGGAGGUGAUCCUGAAGCAGCUCAAGGAAGGCCCCAAGAUCCGGCGCGUGGGCAUCUUCUCGCAGGGGCCGCCCCCGCGGAGCCACAGCGAGAUCGUGAGCGGCACCGGGGAGAAGAUCGGCGAGGUGACCAGCGGCGGGUUCAGCCCGUGCCUGAAGAAGAACAUCGCCAUGGGGUACGUGAAGAACGGCCUGCACAAGGCCGGGACGGAGUUCAAGGUGGUCGUCCGCGGCAAGCAGUAUGACGCCGUCGUCACCAAGAUGCCCUUCGUGCCCACCAAGUACUACAAGGCCCCUUAGGUUGUGUACAGCAGGAAAACAAUGGAUGGAUGCUCCCUGGACUGCAAAUUUUCUCUCGCGACUCUGCCCAUGGCGGCCUGUUCAUGGCGGGCUGCCGCAGCUGUAACCUCUGUCGUCAGGCUUCCUCU